AUAAUCUCUUUCUCUUUCUCUCUCUCUGGGGGUAAUAUUAAUUGCGUAUAUAAAUGUUUUCUCUGGAGGUUUUCUUUUUCUCUCUCUUUUCUCAUUCCCUUCCUUUCCACCCUCAACAGUAAUGAUUUUCUCGUUACGGGUAUAUCGUUGUUGAGGAAUCUGAGGAGUUGUUGUUGUGGCUGUGUGGAAAAAAAAAGUGGCAGUUAUAGCCUCUAAAAGAACAUGACGUUUCAAGAAAGAAGAAGAACAACAAGAAGAAGCAGUAUCCCAAGUGCACGAGUGUUUGUGAUUUCAUUGAUGUGAUCUCCAGAAAACAAAUUGCCUCUUUCUGGCCUUAUUUACCAAAAUCUUCUUCCUUUUUUAUUUUAACUCUCUCUCUCUCUCUCUCUCUCCCUCUCUCUCUCUCUCUCUAUAUAUAUAUAUAUAUUUGGGUUGUGGGGAUUAUUUGGUUUUGUUCUGGGUUUUCCUUGUUAUUCUUUUAUCUUGCUUUUAUUUAGGGGGGUUUGCCACUUUUGCUUCGCUUCUUUUCUGUGUGUGAUAUUUCCCAUGUCUCAACAAAGGCAAUUUCAGAUGGUGGGUGGUAACAAUCCGGGGCAGUACAAUGACACAACUUUAACCAAAAUCUUUGUUGGAGGGUUGGCUUGGGAGACUCAAAGGGAUACAAUGAGAAGAUAUUUUGAGCAGUUUGGAGACAUCCUGGAGGCUGUUGUUAUCACAGAUAAAAACACUGGGAGAUCCAAGGGCUACGGUUUUGUUACAUUUAAGGAUCCAGAGGCAGCCAAGAGAGCAUGCCAAAACCCAUCUCCCGUGAUUGAUGGAAGGAGAGCAAACUGCAAUCUUGCAUCUCUUGGUGCACAGAAGACUCGUCCACCAACCCCUCAACAUGGUUCAGGACGGUUUAGACCAGCAACUGGAUUGGUUGCUCCACCUGCUUAUCAUGGCGCAUAUUACCAUCAACCAACUGGCCAAUACACAUUUCCUUAUUCAGCAUAUGGGUACACUGGCUAUUCCCAGGAUGCAAUGUAUCCCACGAACUAUUACAGUGUUUAUGGGGGUCAACAAUCGUCUCCUUACUACGCCACCACCGGGGCGGCAGGGCCGCCAGGGAUGUUCCACAAUAUGUACCCAUUCUAUGCACAAUAUGCUCAAACUAGCCAGCCUCAUGGCUUUGGAGUUCAAUAUCCCGGCCAGGUGGUGCAGUACCCAUAUUUGCCUCAGCCUUAUGGCUCCACUGGAAUACUUUCUCUUCCCUCUUCAAUGCCAGUGCAAACUUCAAGCGCAGGUGCAACAGCAACAGCAGGGGUGACUGGAGCAGGUGCUUCACAAGCCUCCGGAGCAGCUUCUGAACAGAAUUCAUCAACUUAAAUGUCUUCUUACAAGCCUAACAACAUGGAUAAAAGCGUCACAAGCAGAAAGAGAUCAGAAAAAGUGAAUAAGAAAAGAAGAAUAUUAUUAAGUUACUUAUUCAAAAGGAUGCCCGAAGGAAAAGGAAUCCAAGAAUCCUGCAGCAUGAGAUGAUUCAUUCAUGGAACAGGCAUAUAGGGACAUGUUAAAGCUUGUUCCACUAACAACAGUCAUUGCUUUCUUUCUCAAUUCAUGCCCAGUUGCGUCAUGUGUUCAUCAUCAUCAUCAUCAUCAUCAUCACCAUCAUACGCGUUUGGGUUUAGGACAGUAGAUAAUUAGGAGAAGAAUUCCAUAUUCAUUUUAUGUAUUGGCAAAAGGUAGAAACUGAAAAAUGGCUUUGGAUUCUACCUUAUAAGAUACUAAUUAGAUGGCAAUGUCUCGGAAGCAGAGAGCAUCCGAUGACAUCAAACUUUUUUGUUUAUAUUGGCAGCAAAUGGGUUCAAAAGAUUUAUUUCAUAUCUUUGAACCCCGAUUUGUUGGUCAAAGAUGAAAAGGCGAGCUGGGGAUAGCUCAGCCAUUUAACCUGUAAUUUUUUUUCUUCUUUUUUAAUUUCAUGAUUGGUACUUUUUAAGAUAGGAUUAGUUGGGACAAGAAGAUUUCUCUUGUUUCUUUUUCUUACAGACAAAUCAUCUUUCGCUUUCAGUCGCCA